CGAGGCUUUAGGCGUUCACGUACACUUAUUGUUAGCACUUAGCAACGUUUCCUCAACCUCCUGAGCGAUUUUCUUCCAUAACAUCUGGUCAACAUCUCACGCAAGUUUGAAGUGACCAUUUCGCAUUGAAGGAGAGAGUUCAGCUCAGCGUGAGACAAGAUGAGUGCAGAUUCAGCGGUAGAAGAUACCGCACCGCAACCGGCGAGGACAGCGAUCGGUGUCUCCUUCGGCAACAGCUACAGCAGCAUCGCCUUCACAACCGAUGACAAGCCAGAAGUCAUAGCCAACGAAGAAGGUGACCGACAAAUCCCGUCCAUCCUUUCCUAUACCGCUGGCGAGGAGUUUCACGGCACACAGGCGAAAGCUCAGAUUGUGCGGAACCCUCGAAAUACCAUCGCAUACUUCCGAGACUUUCUAGGGAAGGCAUGGAAGGACAUCGAUCCGAGCCGGUGUCAGGCAAGCGCACAUCCGGUGGAGAUUGAAGGCGGAGCCGGUGCUGGGUUUGUCGUACAAGAGGGAGCUGACAAGGAAGAGGGUGGAGAUGGCGAAAUCGAGAAGAGCACUCUGAGCAUUGACGAGGUUACUACUCGGCAUCUACGGCGAUUGCGGCAGAGCGCAACGGACUUUCUUGGAAGACAAGUUGACGCGGCGGUGAUCUGUGUGCCUUCAGACUUUAGCGAUGCCGCAAAAGCAGCUCUGACAAACUCUGCCACCGAUGCGAAGAUUGAAAUACUGCAGUUUCUCCCCGAACCUCUCUCAGCACUAUUAGCACACGACGCUCGGCAACAGCAGUUCUCAGAAACAUCAGCAUCCUCAGCUCCUCAAGACAAGAUCGUACUUGUAGCUGACCUGGGUGCCACACGCUCGGAUGUCGCGGUUGUCGCCAGUCGAGCAGGCAUCUACACUACGCUUGCCACAGCACACGACUAUGAGCUUGGCGGUGCAAGCCUUGAUGCUGUUUUGGUUGAGUACGCUGCGAAAGAGUUCAUGAAGAAGAACAAGAAUGCCUCGGACCCGAGGAAGAAUGAGCGAAGUCUUGCUAAGCUGACUUUGGAGGCAGAGAAUGUAAAGAAGGCCUUGAGUCUGGGUGCGACGGCGAGCUUCAGCAUCGAAUCGCUGGCAGACGGAAUCGACUUCAGCCUGUCCGUCAACCGGACACGGUUCGAACUUUUGGCAAGCAAGGUGCUCAUGUCCAUUACACGCUUACUCGACACUGCCGUGCAAAAGGCGGAUUUGGAUAUGCUGGACAUCGACGAGAUCCUGCUGUCUGGUGGAUCAAGUCACGUGCCGAAGAUUGCAUCCAAUCUAGAAGCGCACUUUCCAGAAAGCACAACGGUUUUUGCUCCGUCAACCAGCGAGAAGGCGGUAAACCCGUCGGAACUUGCAGCGAGAGGGGCUGCAAUCCAAGCGAGUCUCAUUAGUGGCUUUGACAUUGGUGAGAUCGAAGCAAGCACAGAGGCGGUAGUGACUGUAACGCCCCACCUGCAGCACGCAAUAGGUCUUGCGGUUGGCGAAGAAGGCGGGGACUUUGCUGUGAUCGUGCCAGCAGAGACGCCCGUGCCUGUACGGAGAACGGCGCAGGUGGCGAUCAAGGCUGGCGGUGACGUGCUCUUGCGCUUGGCGGAGGGCGUGCGGGAGAUCAAGGUGACUAGGGGAGAAAAGCCUACCACUAACGGUGCCGCUAAGGAGGAUGAGGAUGACGACGACGAUGAUGAGGACGAAGACGAGGAUGACGAGCCGGAAGAGGUGCGUGAGAAGGCAUGGAAGCCCGGCAAGAUGCUCGCAGAGGUGGGCAUCAAGGGUGUGAAGAAGGGUGGGAAAGUCGAGGUUCAAGUCAAUGUUGCCGCAGACAUGAGCAUGACGGUGGUGUGUCGAGAGGUUGGUGGCAAGGGUGGCGUUCGAGGAGUUGUCGAGGCGGGCAAAACGGAGCAGAAUGGGAGUGCUUCGUGAGGGGACAGUUUGGGGUGGGUUCUGGGUUUGCUUCGGGCGAAAACACCAUACGAGCUACAUGCUUGGUAUGCAGCGUCAAUCCAGCAGUGAUUUCGAAGUUUGUUAUGUAUAGAGUAAGCAGUAUGUAGGCGGCACGGAGGCCGAGCUGCAAGCUUCACAGCUCGGCGUAUGUACAGCUCAGUGCUGCUACCUUCAAUCUAUGACUGGAUCCGCAGGC